CCCAAGCAGAUCAAGGAGAUCAAGGAUUUUCUUCUUACCGCUCGUCGUAAGGAUGCCAGCUCUGUCAAGAUCAAGAAAGCGCCAGGAGUAACGAAAUUCAAGGUUAGGUGCUCAAAGUACCUCUACACCCUCUGCGUCACGGACUCCGAGAAGGCUGACAAGCUCCGUCAAUCUCUCCCUCCAGGUCUCCAGGUUAAGGAUAUUUAAGUUUUUUCCUGCGCUCGAAUGAAAACACAAAAAGAC